UUCCCGACUAAACCAACUCUACUUGUCUGUACAUGUGUGUUCGACUAAACAAAGUUACAAUCGUCUUCUGCUUUGUUGUUCGUCCAUCUUCUACAAUCGAACCUACUUCCCUUAACAUCCAAUAAACCAGAGAAUAAAUUGAUGGUUUUCGAUUGUCUCCUGUUAGCUCGAUUUCUCCGCCGGCGACUUUUGGGAUCAAAUUUGAUUCUUCACGAUUAAGAUUGAAUUCGCCAUUAGGGAUAGUGGAGGACAAAAUCUUGAAAACUGUUUUUGGAUCCCUUCACCAGGUCAUUCUUAUUCUGCUUCUGUAGAAAGUAAUAAACUAAAGUCAUAAUCUAUCAUGAAUAUGUGAACUUUUUUGAAUUUGUUGUCUUAGUAUCAAAAAGCUAUGGUUUUGAAGAUUACAGCUAAACUUUUCAAACAGUGUCUUUAAUAAGCAUUAGGAAUUUCUCGAAUGUUUACUUGCCACAUUGUUCGAUUAUCUCUUGUCUCUUUUUGCACAUUCCUUCAUGUCUUCUUUCUUGUGUGUGUGGCUGUGGCUUAAAAUAUGUGCAGGUGGAGCAUCAUUUAAGAAUCUUAUGCUUUGGCUACAACGCCUAUGGAUACGGGUCAAAGCAGCAUAGAACCUUAUCAAGCCAAGUCUUUUAGUCGGGAGAGCAGUGUAGCCUCUUCUUUAAGCUUAUCACGUAGUUUGCCUCACCUAAUUGACAAUGACGUCGAUAGUGAGAGUGUCUCAGAGGCAGGGGAUAUUGGGGACCGCUCACUUCGGAGAAGGCAUAGUGCUGGUAGAAGCAGCCGUUUGUCUGCUGAUGAUUUUAUAGAACAAGGGACUCAUGAUACUUCUCGUCAAGAACAAGAUAUAUUACAUGACCUUCGAGCUUUCAACACUGCUUCCGUAAAUAAAACUUUGCCUGAGGACAUAACAGCAUCUCCUUUACCGACCAAGUCACUCUUGUCACCUGAAAUAAACAACUCCGGAAAGGAGGAAGAGCGAGUGUUACCAAAGUCCUUGGAGUACAUAUCAUGCCUAAUUCAUUUGGCUGUUUUUGGGAUUUUUGGGGCCAUUACGAGAUAUUUGCUGCAAAAAUUGUUUGGGCCAACUGGUGCUCGAGUAACAAGUGAUGGGAGCAUCUUGUACCUUGAUCUUCCCUCCAACAUGGUAGGAUCAUUCUUGAUGGGUUGGUUUGGCGUUGUAUUCAAAGCAGAUAUAGCAAGAGUUUCUGAAUUUGUGGCGAUAGGAUUAUCGACUGGUUAUUUGGGGAGUCUGACAACAUUCAGCGGUUGGAACCAGAAAAUGCUGGAUCUUAGUGCUGAUGGUCAAUGGGUGUAUGCUGUGCUUGGCUUUUUAUUAGGAUUGUUUCUCACGUCAUACUCCAUAAUUCUGGGAGUGGAAACGGCCAAAGGGUUUAAAUGGCUUCUUCAUAGAAGAGCUUCUUCUGAGGAUAAAUUCCAUUGUCUUAAGGUUAACACCUUCCAGAGCCAUAUUGUGUCUCUGACCCUGAUGCUUCUGUUGCUUGUGGCUUUACUCACUGCCAGUUCCAUACUGCUUGUGAAAGAGUUUGACAAAGGAACAAGCGAGGCUCAGCUAUGGUUUGGUUGCUUAGUUGCAGCCCCUGGUGUCUGGCUCAGAUGGUUCUUAGCCCGACUCAAUGGACGUGGGCUGGGAAAGGAUAGUCAAAAUUUGAGAUGGGUCCCAUUUGGCACCCUCAUUGCAAAUGUAGUUGCAGCUUGCGUUAUGGCAGCAUUGGCUACCUUGAAGAAAUCGGUGAACACGAGAACAUGUAACACGGUUGCUUCGAGCAUACAGUUUGGUCUGUUGGGAUGUCUGAGCACAGUUUCGACCUUCAUGGCUGAGUUCAAUGCGAUGAGAGAAAGUGAUUACCCAUGGAGAGCCUAUGCGUAUGCAUCUUUUACCAUUGUGGUUUCUUUUGCGAUUGGAACUAUUAUAUACUCAGUCCCUGUCUGGGUAAUAGGAUUCAGUUAG